AUGGAAAUUCUAUCUUUGCAAUUAGCGAUAAACUCUAUAAGUGUUUCACCAGAUGCCAAAUUACUCAUAUGUGGGGGAAGGGAAAUCCUUAAAAUUUUUAAACUUGAAAAUAAAAUAACAGAAGAUAGAAGUCUUAGGAUAGGAAAGCCAAAUCUUAAUUAUAGCACCCAAGAUUUAGCUUGGCAUCCUAGGCAGUCCAAUUAUAUUCUUUCAGCAGCAAAAAAUUCAUGUAUUGUUCUAUGGAAUUUAGACAAAUCUGGGCCAAAUAAGCUUGAUUUAAUCUUUAAAGGUCACUCUAAGGUUGUGAAUCGAGUAAAGUGGCAGCAUACUAACUAUGACGUCUUUGUGUCAGCCGGACAAGAUGGGAUGAUAAAACUAUGGGACAAACGAGUUGCUGACCAAGUUAUCCUAAAUUUACAACUUAAAUUAAAGUUAUUAAAAUCUUCGAGAUUUGAUGCCUCCAUGUUUUUCUGAUCAGAGCUACUUGUUUAUCAGAAGGGAAUUCAGCCUCUAUUGGAGCAGAAGUUUCUCAAGGAUAUCUUUACCGCGACUCCAACAAUCUCGAUGGGUUGAAAGUCUCAUCCAUCGUCUUGUCAUCGUGUGCCAUGAAAGCACCUGUCAGCUUGAUGUUUUAUCUCAGCCAUUUGCAAUUAGUGAAAAAACCCAGGAAAAAAGGAGCAUUGCCACAAGAAAUGAGGUAAAGUAUCAUGACCUAAAAAAGCCGGAUCAAUAAUAGCAUGGAUUGAGUGAACGACAGCUUCGACCUAAGUUUACCCACCCCAUACAAUUGUUAUAAACAAGCUAAUGUUUAGAGUUAAAGAACAUGAACCCCAGGCCAUACUAUAAAGUGGCUUUUGCAACCAUAAUGGUUCAUUUUCGUCAAGAACAUAAUUAUUGUCUCCACAAUAUUAAUUUUGUGACGACAGUGGCAUGCAGUCGUCGAGUAUAUAUUUAUUGCCACAUUUAUAUUAAAUGAGUGAAUUUACAAGGAAACGCAGAAGGCGCCAGAGAUGUCAGCUUUUCGCCGUUUAAAGAAAAUUUAAUAGCAGCAAGUUUUGAUAAUGGACAAGUCCAGAUAUGGGAUUUAAAGAUGCCAAACCCGCUUUGCAAAAUCGGUGCCCACAAGAGAAAUGCAUUAAGCAUUGACUGGCACCCAAAUUAUGCAGAUUUAUUAGCAUCUGCUGGAAGUGAUAAAAACAUUAAAGUAUGGAAUGCUCAGUCUAGUGAGCUUGUAUGCAAGGUGCAAGCACCCGAGCCUGUAGCCUAAAUUUAAAUUAUUUAUAGGGAAUUUCCCCGCAGAUCUAUAGGCCACUACUAGCCUCUGCAUAACGCUCCACAACAUGCUUGCCAGUCCGAACACCAAAUGACUCCUAGUUCCAACCCAAGCGAACCAUCUCAAAAUCUUGGCCUGGAUGUGAGCAGGCAUCAGCUAAUCUGGCAUUACGCUCCACCAAACCAAGUAAAAUCCGGCUAUAUAUACAUUUUCGAAUACUUUUAACUCUUCUACAAGGUCCUGGCUUUCCCACUAAACUGCGGAUACAGGUUUUAAGAAGGCAGACCAGCUCACCACGCAUUUUAAUAUAUAUCCUGAGCCUGUAGCCAAGGUAUCAUGGGUUCCACAUGAGAAUAAUCAGAUUGCUUCUGCUUCUCAUACACUAGAUAACAAUUUAUAUAUUUGGCAUUUAAACGAGCCAUCUUUGCCACAUUUCGUAUAUCGAGGGCACGCGCAUCCCAUCAAAGAUUUUUUAUGGGUCGGGGACUCGAUUAUUACAUGUAGCGAGGAUGGAAACUUAAUUAGGAAUCCUAGAGAAAACGCUUAUAGGCCACACAAGUAUUUAGCAAAACAUUCAUUGGCAGUAAGUCCAUUGAAUGUGUUAGCAACUUAUUCAGACUCUCAAACACCUAGUAACCCAGAUGAAUUGCUAUCCCAAGCUGAUCGAUCUUUAAUUCAUCAUACCUCAAAAAUGAAAAUUUAUGACUUAGGAGACUAUAAAACAGAAAUUGAAAAUCUCGCAAGCAGCUAUCAGCUCAAAGGAAAAAACGUUGAACAAUUAUGCAAAGAAAACGCUGCAGUGUCUAGGAAAAAAGCUCCAAUUUGAAAUUCAGUUGAACACCUAUUUAAAAGCAGCUAUUCAGUUGAUUACCCAUGAAUCAACACAAUUAUUCUAAACGCUUUGCAAGAAACUAUUGAUUAUUAUUCAGAAAUAGGAGAUGUACAAACUGCCGCCUGCUUGUCAGCUGUAUUUAAUUAUAGGGGGCCAGUGAGAGAAUAUGGGGAUUUGUUAAGGCAGCUGAACUUGCAUCAUGAAGCCACAAAACUAGAUAUCCCUCAGCCAAACGUAGAAAUUUUUUUACGAUGCAAGUGUGGGAAAAUUAGUGAAGACCAGCCUUGCAGUAAAUGCAAAGAUAUUUCUAAUUGCGCGGUUUGCAACUUACCUGUGAAAGGUCUUUAUUCUUGGUGUCAAGGAUGCUGCCAUGGAGGCCAUUUAAUGCAUUUAAAAAAUUGGUUUAGUAGAGAAACAUUGUGUCCUGCUGGAUGUGGGCAUCAAUGCUCGUUUGAAAAUUUUUAA